AUGCCAGAACGACACCCAAGAAUUGAAUAUUUACACGGGGACCGUUCUACGCUAAGUCGGACAAAUAGUGACGAGACCUUAGUCACACAGAACCAAAGCAACACAGUGGGGCAGAAUCAGAAUCCAAGGCAGUAUGAAGAUCGUGCUAACAGCUACGACCUCUACAGUAGGUCUGGAGAAAUAUCCGAUUUGAGUUCGCUAUUUACUUCGGGCUCUGAAGAAACUGUGACUAAUAAUCUAAAGAUUUUGGGAUAUCCUAUUACCUCCUAUACCACCGUACGAGAAUUACCAAUUGUUUCGACGUUCCUACAACCGGGGGUGCUUAUAUUCUCAUCAUUGAAGUCUUUGGAUAUAUACUCACAGAAGAACUUGUCUCCCGAAGAGACAAAGCUGUACCACUCGCAAGGGUUAGGAAUACCGUUGUUACAAACUUCAACGUCGAUGCUCAGUAUUUUCAAAAUAAAUUCGCCAUUCUUGAUUAUUUAUAAAUAUAACAAGGCGAACGAAAAGUCAGUUUUCUGUAAAGUAUAUUUCAGGAUUUUAACUAAUAACGUCACUUGUUAUAUAUUAAUAUUCCAGCUCGACAAUGGUGAAUUGAAGACCGUGGUUUUGAUGAAUAAUGGUGUCAAGCCUUCAGUCGACGUGGUGUAUGAAAAUACAAAGAUCAGAAUUACAGGAGUCACGGGAACGACGUCGACAUUUGCAAAUGGCUUCAUGCAACUCUAUAUACUACAGAACUCGUCACCUUCGUUAUGCGACGAUAUGACGAUACAGAAUACCCUUGAGUCCAUCAACAGUUCGAUUAAGAACGUUAAGGUGAAUGUAAGCGAUUCGAACGAAUUAUACAGCUCGUUGAAAUGUCAUCAGAGAAAAGCUACUUUGACCAGAUUGAUGAAUGAAGGAAAGGCAUUAAUCAACACACCUUUGGCCACUUUUGUCGACAACGGAGAUGAAAAAUUCAAGGGACUUAAUUUAUUCAAAAACGGAACGAUUAAAAUCUUUGAGACGACUAAUGAUAAUGAAAAUAAUAAUAAUAUGUUAAUAAUGACCAGUAUCCUAUUGGUCUUACGAGAACAGGAAUUUAGAAAAUUUAGAGGAAAUAAUAAACCAACAUUUGUUAGCCACCAUAAUUCGAACUCUAUGAAUAAUAAUUAA